AUGAAUACCCCUCCGAGCUUCUUCAAUGAUGCGGUUGAUAUUGCAACACCGACUAACAAUGACUUCCCCAGCGAUCAACCCCGAACACUACAGGUAGAUUCACUCGACUUUGCCCGGCCAGAAGACAGCGACGGACCAGACAAUAUGGAACACCAUCCUUCCGUUUAUAUGCCUGUACCGGGCGGAUGGGAUCCACUGGUCACUGGUAUGCCCUCGUUCUACAGUCACCAUGGCCAAGCGCAGUACGAUACGAAACGGGAAGACGAAGACAGGCCGGCAAUACUGAAUAUACCUUCGGCUUCGACAUUUCAGUCGAGUGUGCGAGCCGACUCCAAUAACUCGAUGCAAUCUUACGCAUCAAAAUCUUGUAGGACGGCCGACGCUUUGGAUACCAGUCCACCCAGAAAGAAGGGAAGGAAGGGUAAAGCUCCUGCGCAGACCGACCAGGACCCAAAAAGAGACAAAUUCCUUGAACGAAACAGGGUCGCCGCAAGUAAAUGUCGGCAGAAGAAAAAGGAAUGGGUCUCGGACUUGCAGGAAACCAAACAGGGCCUGGAAAACCAGCAUGCACAAUUACAGAUGGAGUACAACGGAUUGGUUGAUGAAGUUACGCGAAUGAAGAAUGAACUCAUGUCGCAUGCAAACUGCAACGACCCGAACAUCAAUUUGUGGCUCGACAACGAGGCCCGCCGAUUUGUUCAGGUGAGCGCAGAGCGCGUCAAGAAGCAAAGUCUGGAUGCCAGCCGCAUGAUUGGCAACAGGCCACUCGGCACGAGGGGAGGUUACAGACCGUCAAUUGACAGCCAAAUGUCUUUAAUCUCCCCAGCUCGCUCAGAGCGUGCUAUGACGAGCCUGUCUUCGAGAUCUGGUAGUGAUGCUGAUAUCAACUACGACCAUAUGCCGGACAGCGCCUUUGAACAGGCGUAG